CAUCCAUUUAGGGUUAUGAGCUAGGAAUUUGGACAACGUCAUUUGCUUUUUCCCUGCACCACCUUGAAUCCAUCACGAAUUAUUGGUGUACGAAUUGAAUUCCUGGAUAAUGUUUUCUUAAUACGAGUAAUCCCACUCUUUUGGAUCAGCACUAGGAUUUCUCUCCUCGACAUUUGUUGGCUGACCGGCUGUCCCUUCCGGGUUAUCCGAAGAUGAUGGUUGGGUGAUAUUUUCGCUCUUUCUUUUCAAGACGUGGACGAAGGUUUGGAAGGAAUUGAAGGUCUGAUGAGCGGAUUGUAUGAUCCUGAUGGGGGAUUGGAGGAGAGGGGUGAGGAGGUGACUGCUGCUUUGGUAUGUUUUUGCUUUUCUUAAUAAGUACACUGUCGCUAUAUAUCAUACACACUGGUAUCACACACGCCCUUAUCUCACCACCAGAUGCUUCUAUAACACAUUUCUCGCGCCUCAAAUUCUUAACUGACAACUUCUCGCAGUCCCAAAGAGAUCUCGGUCUAAGAAUUCCCAUCAAUUUCGUCACUGAGCCUGGUGUUUCUGUGAGGGCCGUUUGUGGGUAUGGAGGCGAACUAGGAAAGUGUAUAAGCAAUUUACUUGCCGUUGGAUUUCGACGAUUUGAAAUUGAUCUUUUCUGGAGCGGAGGCAGUGGAACGUGGAGCUUUUGUCCUGUUCCUAAAGAUGAUCGAGGCGAGGCGAAGCAGACGCAGAUUGCGCUUGGCAAUUCGAGUAUGAGUUCAGCUUUUAGGAAAAGAUUGAGCCGAAGACAAGAAGGCACGCCUACCACCAGCAUUGAGACAGCAACCUUGACUACAAUCUCGACUCCUUUACCAACUUCCUCGGAUCUUCCGGGAAAUCAGAUUCCUUCAUCCGAGAGCUACAACUGCACUACAGAUUUCACCCCCGGAACCUUCGUAAAUCUAUUGUCAGAUUAUUUUGAUAAAACGGGCACUACACUCUCCGCCCAUUUGCUUUAUAUUUAUUUGAAUAUUCACGCCUCGUUGAAUAUAUCAUUACCACUGUUACCUCCGCCGACGCCCACGAGAUUCCCGGAUAGCUCGAAUCUGCUGAGCGGCAUUUUUAAUACGAAUCUUUCAAAUUAUAUAUACGCACCUCAUAAUCUCGCUUCAGAGAGGUCAAACAUCAAUGGAACUUGGUACACAGUAGCAGAAAAAUAUCGACCAUCGGCCGAUUAUUACAACAUUUCCUUGGACCAGUAUGCGCUUGCUUCUACCGUCGAUGGGUGGCCAAGUCUUAGUUUUCUCGAGUUGGCAAGAAACAAGAGACUCUUGCUAUCUCUGGGGAAUGUGGACCCGCAGAUGACGGGAUAUAAUCUCACUAGCGAUGCAGAUACGAUCUUUCCCUCGAUGUACUUGAGAAGCGAGAGGAAUGUAACGGCAACAGCAGGGGGAGAAGUAGUUGGAGGAUGUUUGUUCCAGAAUAAUCCAUCCCCAGGCUUUGCAACAAGUAACGUUUCUUGGGCCGACGCAUCUAAUAUUAUUGGCUUUACAUCACCUACAACGACAGGAGUAGAUCUUGACUCUCUACUUAGCCUCACAACUAACUCGGUAAACUGCGGGCUCUCACCUUUCCUGAAUACUACAUUGGCACAAGAUGAAACGACAUCUCAAUCCUUCCUCCCUUAUCGAAAUUUUACUCACGCCACUAUCUGGUCCUGGGCAGAAGGGGAACCGAAAUUCCACAACACGAGCACAAACAGCAAGAAUAACACCUUCCACUGCGCAGCCAUGUCGUCCUCCUCUGGUCGCUGGUCAGUCUCGGAUUGCGACGCAAAGAAUCCCGUAGCAUGUCGUGCGGCCAGACAUCCUUGGAAAUGGACAGUUAGCACCACGACUCGAUCCUAUGCUGAAGCGGAAAGGGCUUGUAAUGGAGACUAUGCGUUUGCGGCCCCAAGAACCGCUUUAGAGAACUCUUAUUUAUAUGAUUCUGUGAAACAAAAGGGUUUUGAGCAGGAACAGAAUGUCUGGGUUGAUUUCAAUGAGUUGGAUGUGGCAGACUGUUGGGUUACUGGGGGAGCGAGGGCGGAGUGUUUGUAUAAAGUUAGUUUGAGCGAUGAGGAGUAUUUGAGGAGGAGGAUUAUUCUUGUGAGUUGAUCCCUUUCCUCUCUUUUUGUAUCCCUGCGGUUUUGAGCUUCUGGGUUUGCUUUACUGAUGCUUGGUACAGGUGCCUACUAUUGGAGCGAUUAUUGUGUUGAUCCUUGCGGCUUUGACCAUAUUCGUUAAGGCUAGGGGGAAUCAUAAGACGAAGAGAACUAAGAAGAGGAAUGGGGAGGGGGUUAUUUAUGAAGGUGUUCCGUCUUAAUAUCCUGUUUAGGAAAUGGGUAUCUUCUGGGGGAGUUUGGAUGGGAUCCGGUUGGAUUGCGAGACCUUAGGCUCGGAGUUGGAGGUCUUUAUUAAGGGGGGUGACUUGGAUAACAGUGUUUGGCUAUUAGAUAAAUGUUUAACUUGGGGUCGCGAGACUUCCUACCUAGCCAAGUUGAGCCUGUAGAAACUAGGAAAUGAUUUG